AGCCGGCCACAGCGGAGCGCAGCCCCACGGCGUGCCGCCAGAGGGCCAGCUGCUCCGGGCGCGCGCGCGGGCGCGGCGGGACGCGCGCGGGGCGCCCUGGCGCGCCCGCAGCCGCCCCACCCCGCCGCUGCGCAGCAGCGCCCCUCGGAGGCCUCCGCGGAGAGCCAGCUGCGGGGGGACCAUGCCGGCCAAGGAGGACAAGAAGAACAAGAAGGACCAGGGGUUCAUGUUGGGGCCGCCUUUCUUGGCCUUCCUCGCGAUGGCGGCGGGCAUGUCCUACAUCUUCCUCAGGCGCCGCCAGAGCCGAAAUGGUAAUUCACCAUGUCGGCCAGCAUGACCCUCGUUAUGUGCGUAGUCGCGUGAACACGUUGCUCGCAAGCACAACGUCUGAAUGUUCGGUGCCCCUUAGAGAUCGUACCACGUGCUCGCAUGUAAACGCAGAAGGUCUUUGCUUUGCAUCGCUCCUUUGUUCCUCUCAGCGGGAAAGAAACUCGUCCCUUCUCCUCCUCCUGCCCCUCGUCCUUCUCCUCCUCCUCCUCCUCCACCUCCUCCUCC